AUGAAUUAUUUGACUGUCGAUUCUGGUACAACACCAACAAGCCCUGACAAAAUUAAAGAUGAAGCAACAAAUAAUGAAGAACUCGAAAUUGAUAAUUCACAGAGUGUGCUCCUCAAAAUUGCAACAUUGUAUGCUGAACAGUUGAUGAGUGAUCUAAUUCUAGAAGUUGGUGGUGUUGGAUAUCCUGCUCAUAGGCUUAUAUUAUGUGCUAGUAGUGAAGUGUUCCAGGUGAUGCUUAUGAAUCGUGAGUGGAGUGAAUGGCAAGAAAGUCGUAUUGUGUUACAAGAGACACCUAUUGCUGCUUCUGUCUUCCCACAUUUUUUGAAAUACUUCUAUACAGGCCAAAUUAAGAUAUCCCACCAAACUGUUCUUCCGGUUUUAUCGUUGGCAGAUAAAUAUAAUGUAAAGGACCUAGUAACGCUGUGCCUUGACUACAUGUCGCAACACAUAGCACAGGCAGCCAAACGAGGGCAGCUCAUCGCAUGGAUGCAAUACACGAUGGCAUGCGGGCAUAAUGAGGUAGCUAAGACGUGUCAGAACUUUGUGAAAUGGAACAUAGAGUGGGUGUUGGACAGCGAGCUGGCGGAGCUGGAGGACGAUACGCUGCUGCUCCUGCUGCAGCACAGUGACCUCGUGCUGCAUAAUGAGAUGACGCUGUAUCUAUUCGUAGUGCGUUGGUUAAAUAAGCAAAAGGAGAAGUUGAAUGCCAACGAGCUGUCCGAGCAGGAGGUGAAGCUGCACUGGGACUCGCUGGUCACUACGAUGUUUUCACAUGUCAGGUUCCCAAUGAUGUGUCCGAACCAACUGGCCAAGUUACUGCUCUGCCCCUUGACGCAAGAGCACAAGGAGUUUUUCAUGGAGCGGAUGGCCAUCGCGAUGAGUUACCAGUCAGGCCAAUAUGAGCGUAUAUCGGAGAUCCAGCAGACGGAGUCGGGUCGGAUGCAGUUCACGCCGCGCCUGUACACGGAGGACACGUGGGGCUCCAUCCUGGCGGUGGACAACUUCCACUCGCUGCAGAGCUACCACACGCGCACCUUCAUCUUCUCCACCCGGCCGGCGGUGGCGGACGUGGCGGCCGACCGCCUCACCGAGUGGACCGUGGACCUCUACCCCAAGGGCGUGUGGUUCAGGAAGAGCAUGCUGAUAGUGUGGGCGGGGACGUAUGAUGUGCCGGAGGUGGUGCUGCGUACAGUGCGCAUCUCCAUCACGUGCCAGAACUGCCCCGAGGCCGCGCACGAGUACGACUGCGGCGAGCCCGAUGUGCGGGUCAAGAUAGGAAUUCUUGUGUGGGGCGUGCAGAACGGCGUCGAGCACGUCGCCUCCGUCGUGGAGCGGGUCCAUAGGUUUUCUGCUCAAUACAGGGUGCUGAACAUCGACGGCGCGCUGGACUUCGACGAGCUGAACACGCCGCUGUACAGCCCCGCGCCGCCCGCGCCCGCGCCGCGCGCGCACGGGUGGACGGUGUCCGAAGUGUUCAGACAGCUGCGACGCGCCGGAACCCAAACACCUGCUGGGACCCAACAGAGAUCAACUACGGAUACAAGUAGUGAUAGUGCCAAUGACGGACUUAUGUCACGUGACGACGCACUCGUGACCUCGCACGCGCCC